UUACUUUAACAAGUAUUUUCUUUCAGCUGUUCUCAGCCAAAGUCAUGGGAGAUCCCUUUCUCAUGGAGGAAAUAGGUCUGCUUGCACUCAAGUCUGCAGCAGGUGAAGGACAGAACCAAAGCCAAGAUUCUCACAUGCUUCUCCUGGAGACCUUUUCCAAACUUCUGGAACUCGUGACCCUCCGCCACCGGCUGAUAGAAAUGAGUCUGGAGAGUGUACAUUUAGCUCGUCUCUAUAAGGAACUGGCAUGGGAGAUGGGUUUUGAAGAGUACCAUUUGUAUCUGAGGCCUGUUCACUUUGAAUUUGCAUCACAUAAGGACAACGUGGACCAUCCACCUCCUGUUUUUAUCACCUCUCUGCUGGAGGACAGUGAUCGAGUGGACAGAUAUUCUCCUACUACUCUUGUGUUAGCCAUCUCUGAGGUGGAUGAUAACCAGGUUGGCAAGUUUAGCUUUUAUACAAAGGAAGCCAUCCUUAAGCUCUUAUUCCAUUCAGGAGUGGAAAAUAUGCAAGUGACCCUUGCAUGCCAAGCUGCUCAGAAAAAUGCUUUGAUGGUGGCUGUCCAACAGGCAUCCUUCUAUCACAUGUCCCGAUGGGGUUGUUCUGCUGAUGUGAAGGAAACAAGUUCAGAUCUGAGAAAUCGUGGUGGAAUCGGUCCAGUCAGAAGAAGAAAUUCUGGAAUUGUGAAUGGCAUAGAAAACUUCUUGUUAGCCCCAACUCCAAAAGUUCCAGACGCCCUUACUCAUCAUUCAGAAAGACUCCAGGCUACCAAAAGGGCGCCAGAGGCCUUUGUGUCUAUUCAACUAGAAAAGGUGGGGCUGCGGGACAUGAUGCUGAACGCCUUCCUUCUCAGGAAACAAACCAUGGGCGACAGAAUGAAGAACCAUGAUGAAAUUGGUAAAGUCAAGAGAGACGUUAUAAUUGAAUAUUGCCAGAGGUUCAACUGUCGUAUGUCUCACUAUGCUCUUCGGGGUCAGAUCAUGGCAUACAGCAGUAGCCUGAGAGCCCUGCUGGAAGAUUUCCCUACUAUCAGGGACACCUUUUUCAUGGUGGGGCAACCACAAGAAAAGAAAGGGUUGAGAGACUCCAAGGAGGGCCUCGAGGCUGACCCCAGGAGUUUCCAGCCCCGGCCACGAUGUUUGCUGUCUGCUGAUGGGAAAGUUUUCCUCAAUUUAUGGUUCAUACCCCAUCCUUCUGAAGUGCUGGUUAUGUUCAAAACACUGCCAGAAAAGGCAGCUUUUCAAGCCUUAAAGCUAACUCUACAGGUGAUAGCUCCUCUCCAUGACAUUGUGGCCUACCUUUUCAGUUUUGCUAAACUUGGAAAUUGCUCAACAUGUUUUAAAUUUCCUCAAAGUGCUAACCCUUUGAAAGGUGACUGGGGAGGAACUGAGGGCAUUGGGUCGGAGCUUCGAGAACUGCAGAAAAUGAUUGACAGCCUUCAGAGCCCCAAGGACCCUGCCCAUGUGUCCCAGGUGCUCCUCCUUCGAAGGGAGGUUAUAUUUUUGCAGUUUGAUGCUGCAGUGCGGCACCUCAUCCGGUAA